AUAUAUAUAAACAAAGCCCCGCGCAAGGCAAAAGGGGUGUCUAAAAAGGUUGUUUGGGGGAAAGGAAAAGGACAGAAAAGGGAGGGAAAAAAAAGACUGAAGGCAAGAAUUUGCAAAUGGCAACAUGGUAAUCUCCUUGCAACCAAAGCUCACAGCAAAGAUUGAGCUAAGAGCAAUUAGUGAUCAAUGGAAUGGAGUUUGAGAGCUAAAAUUUUUGAGAUUGGAGAGAGAUGGGAUUAUUACAGUGGAAAUGGAGUCCAUUGGUGGGAUGAGAUCGAUGACUCAGAAGAAUGGCAAAGAGGCAUUUUCUAUUUCUUGUCUGCAUCUUAUGCCUUGAUCUCCAUUAUUGCCCUGGUACAACUUUUUCGUAUCCAAUGGAGACUAUCAGAAUAUGGAUGGACAACGCAAAAGGUUUUCCACUUGAUGAAUUUUGUUGUGAAUGGACUGAGGGCUAUCCUUUUUGUUCUAUAUAAGGACGUGUUUCUUAUUAGACCAAAGGCCCUUGCAAUUGUGCUUUUGGAUCUUCCCAGUCUUCUAUUCUUUUCGACAUAUACAUUACUAAUUCUGUUUUGGGCUGAGAUAUAUCACCAGGCAAGAAGCCUUCCCAUUGAUAUCCUCAGGCCUGCUUAUUAUAUUAUCAAUGGAUUUGUAUACUUCACACAGGCAUGCAUCUGGCUAUACAUAAGAUUUAGUGGAAGUCCUGCUGGGGAGGAACUGGCAAAUUCCUUCUUUUCAGUUAUUUCGUUUUGUACUGCUGUGGGAUUCUUGGUAUAUGGUGGGAGGUUGUUUGUCAUGCUAAGGCGAUUCCCCAUUGAAUCUAGAGGUCGUCAAAAGAAGCUUUAUGAGGUUGGUUGUGUGACAGGAAUUUGCUGUACUUGUUUUUUGAUUAGAUGUUUCAUGGUUGCCAUCUCAGCAUUUGACAAGAAAGCUGAUCUUGAUGUCCUCUAUCAUCCCCUUCUCAAUCUUAUCUAUUACAUGGUAACUUUCAGCCCCCUAAAAUGGUGGAGCUUUUACCAUCUUCUCUGGUGCUCUUCAUCUUGCGGAAGCUGCCCCCAAAGCGCAUCUCUGAUCAAUGUCACCCCAUAAGAUAAAAAGAGGGAUAAAAGGCAAAAGCAUAAAGGAAAAAUUUCAAAAGAUUCUUUGAUUGCCCGAGUUAUUGGUCAUUUUUGUGUUUUUUUAUCACUUUCAACAGAACAUCCAUCAUUCUCUCUCUCUCAUGUAUAUUAUAAUUACCUUGAACUUAAUGAAUUGCACUGUUGUGUUAA